UCCUGGAAGGGGCAAGACCAGCUGAGAGAUCCCCAGGCGCAGGUGCCGCUUCUCAAACUGGCCUCCCAGGACUCAGGAGUGGAGAUGGCGGUUGGGGACAGCUCCCCGGCCACCUCACCCGGCUUUUCUCAAGACUCUCUGAACUUUGAGCCCCUGGGGAGCGCUGAGUCCCUGGCCCUUGGUGCCCUGGAGCCUCCUGCCCACCUAAGCCGGCUUCUAGCCAGACAGCUGCCGCCUGAGUGUGAAAUGCCCCAUUAUGAAGCAACGGGACAGGAGGCCACCGAGGCAGAGAGUGAUCCACAGGAUGGCCUGGAACAAGCAGAGGUGGUGGAGGGCUUAGGGCCUGAAGCCUGCCCUGGCCUUCCGGGGCAGGGUCUUCGCUAUCUGGAACACCUGUGCCUGGUGCUGGAGCAGGUGGCAAAUCUACAGCGGCUCUGUCUGCAGCUUCAGACUCAGAGGGGCCCUGGGGAUUCUGAAGAGGAGGAGGAGACAGCCCUGGCGCCUUCCCCUCCGCCUUCUGCCGCCCCAGACAGUGAGGUGCACGGGCCGUGGGGAUGGCUCAGCCAGACAGAGGAGACAGGAGCAAAAACAGCUUCACCCCCAAAGGUAGGGGCGCCCAGUGCCAGCCCUCCCAGGCUGUCAGAGGCCCUGGCGGAGCCAGCUCACACCUUCUCAUCCUACCAGGAACACAAGGGGGAUCGCUCCCACUGGAACAAAGUCAAGGUGCUGCUCAACCGGAUCAGGUGGGGCAGCCCUCGACCUGCUGAACCUGCCACCUCUGCCGACGGUCCUGUCCCCAGUGAGUCCUGUGACUCAGCACCCAGGAUUGCAUUGAGGGGCCUCCCUGAAAGGCCUCUGGGCCAUCCCCUCCAGAAGACCUUUAUGCCAUCAUCAGUGGUUAAGAAGAAACAAGACAAAAACCCCUCUGCACACUAGGCCUCCUGGUGCAGGGACGGGACCCCGGUGGGGCAAGUGCAGUGAGGUCUCCUCGCCGGCUGCCCUGAUGCUGCUUCUGGGCGCUGCCAGAAAAAGCUGUGGAUGCUCUGUCUUCUCUCUGAACUCAGGCAAGGGCUGAGUCCUUCUCCUCUGAGCAGCCAAGGAGCCCUGGGUCCCCCAGAGGCCCCAAAGUGUAGCAGCUCUGGGGCUCCUCCUUGGUUGCCAAAAAUCCCUGGGCUUAGGCAAUGUGAACCUCACUGAUUCAUGGGGCAUCCAUGGGGCGUGUUAGGCACAGUGAUCUCUCGGCACCCAGCGUGUUGCUGGGGACUGUGGGACCGUCAGUGUGGUGAACGGACUGGAUCCAGCUGUCUCUCUGGAAUCCUGCCCUCAUGGUGAGGUAACCACAGGAUGAUGGACAUGACCUUCACUCCUGAGUGGACAGUUACUGAUCUGGAGUCCUGUCUUCUUCCUCACACUCAAGUGGGCAGCUCUAGAACAGAGAAUGGCACUCUCUUGGCUGCCUCUGCCUUGAAUCUUGCAUGAAGACUGCACCAGGGAUGGGAGGGUCAAGUACAACACAAGGAACAGCAGCGUAAUCUUCAAGGUCUGUUCUCUGCUGCUUUACUGCUUACCUACAUCAUAGCUGAAACCAGAGGCCCAAAUUAGCAUUUAGACCUUGACAAAAUCGCUUAGCUUUUCUGAGCCACAGCUGCCCACUUAAUCUCCCAAAUGGUAUAACGAUGCCUGCCUUGCCUACCUCACAGACUUGUUCUGAGGAUAAAGUGAAAUUAAGCUGCCUCAAAAUGCUUGGUGAAUGUUAAAUGAAUAGGAAAGGGGGUUGGAGGGAGGCUAGACUGGAGGGAUGAUGGUCAGAGGAUAAGGGGGAAUUGGGAUUGCUAAUGGGGACUAAAAUGGUCAGUGAUUAGUGGCAAGACUGAGCGCGUCAUUUGAGUCGCUCACGUAUCACAUCUGAGAAUUAGAACACUAACACCUGACCUGCUCAUUCCCCAAGAGUUGAUGUGAGGACUAAAGAAAACGACUGUGAGAAUUCUUUGUAAAUGUAUACCUAAAUAUUGUGAAGGUUUAUCUUACUAUUAUCACUUGUGUUGAUUGAAAAAAUACACGCAACCUAACAGACCUUUA